AGUUGGGGGCGGGGCCUGGCCGUUGCUGGGAGAUGGAACGGCGCACGCGGCCUGGCGGUUGCUCUUGCUCUUAGACUCCGGGGAUUAACUGAGUUUGGGGAUGGCGAGUGGGCAGAGGCCUCCAUCGUCGGCUCGUCCGAUGAGUAAAGGAGGCCUAGGGAGGCCUCCGAUGACUGCAGCCCGUGUUCCUCCCACAGCGCACCGUCUCGGUACCGGGUUAUCUCCUGGAACAGCAAGGCCUGGAACUCGUGGUGGCCCUGUAAUGGCUGGAGGUGUGUUAUCUUCUCAGAUUAAAGUUGCAGAUCGCCCUGUAACUCAACAGGGUUUGAGUGGAAUGAAAACUGGAAUGAAAGGACCUCAUCGUCAGAUACUUGAUAAAUCCUACUUUCUCGGAUUGCUCAGAGCCAAAAUAAAUGAACUUACAACAGAAGUCAGCAAGCUACAAAAAGAAAUUGAUACAUUUAAUCAAGAAAAUUCUGUUUAUCUAUCCUAUGAAAAGAGGGCUGAAGCUUUGGCCGUGGAAAUAAAAGAUCUGCAGGGGCAACUAGCAGACUACAAUAUGUUGGUAGAUAAGCUGAAUACCAAUACUGACAUGGAAGAAGUUAUGAAUGACUAUAACAUACUCAAAGCACAGAACGAUCGAGAAGCACAGAGUAUGGAUGUAAUUUUCACAGAGCGACGAGAGAAAGAAGACCUCAUUCGUGUCAUCGAUGAAGAAAUUGAAAGAGAAAAACAAGCUGCAGAUACCAUCAUCAAAAACAUGACUGAAGACAAGCAAGCCAAAUAUAUGAAAAUGAAAUCAAUUAAUGAGCAUUUAUUACAGGAGUUGGAUGCUCGGCAGCAAGAGCUAGACAUAUUGAACACAAAAAAGGAAACACUGGUGGCUGAGAUAGCUCACUCCCAGGUGAAGCAAGAAGCCGUGGUAUUGUAUGAGAAACUCCAUGAGCUUGAAUCUCAUCAAAGUCAAAUGAUUGCAGAGGAUAAGAGUAUGGGAUCACCACAGGAGGAGAGAGAGCGACUACUGAAGCAGGUUAAAGAAGAUAACCAAGAAAUAGCAAGCAUUGAAAGACAACUUACUGAGAUGAAAGAGAAAAUUAACCAGGUAACAGAAGAGAUUCGACAUCUUGACAUGGAUUUGGAAGAGCAUCAAGGUGAAAGGAAUCAGAAGUAUAAAGAGCUAAAGAAAAGAGAAGAAACAAUGGAUGUAUUCCUAGAUACCUAUGAAGAAAUCAAAAACCAAGAGUUGGAGCGAAAGGCUCAACUUGAAGCUAGUAUUGUAGCUCUUCUCGAACACACAAGCCGGAAUAUGAAUCGAAUGAGGCAGAUCUCCUCGAUAACAGCUCAUGAACUGAAAUCCAUGCAGGAGGAUCUGAGUUUCAAGGAAACCGAAAUGCAGAAAUCCCAGACAACUGCCAAGGGUUUGACUGAUGAGAGCCAACGGCUGCAACAGGAUCUUCAGAAAGUUGAACAACUGGAAAGCAAGAUUGGUGCAGAAUUAAGUUCUUUAAAGGAAAAGAUUCAGCACAUUACAGAUGCUCUGGAAACCUAUAAUGACUUAGAGGGACUAAAGGCUGCUGGCGAGGAGAAAAAGAAGAAACUUCAGGAGGAGAAAGUGACACUGACACAACGCAGAAACAUCUUUAAGAAGAUAAUGCAGCAAGUCUCAAAGGAGUACGAUACACUCAAGAUUCAGCUACAGGAAAAUGAGACCCAUGCACAGCUAAUGAAUCUGGAGCGUAAAUGGCAGCAUCAUGAACAGAACAACUUUGUUAUGAAAGAAUUCAUUGCUACAAAGGGUAUAGAGAGUGACUAUCAGCCAGUGGUGAAGAAUGUGGCUAAACAACUUGCAGAGUUCAACAAAAUGCUUCAAGAGGCUCUUCAAAACAGCAGAAAUUGACCUAAACUUCUUCCUGACUAAUCUGGAAGGACAUUAAAGAAUUUUUUAUUGUUUUUUUCAAUUGAGAAAUUUUCUGAAGAGGAUAAGCUGAUACUUUAUAGUUGCAUAAUCAUUUGUUAUACCACAGUUGUAUUUUUUCCAUUUUUAUUUUCCCCAGUUUUUGAUCUUUUAUUGAAAGUAUUUAUUGCACAUAGGUUCUCAGCACCAAUGAUAAAACAUUGUUCUAGUAUAUUUUGUUUUAUAUAGGUUUGAACCUGAACUCCUUGAGCUUCUAGAUCCUGGGAAAAUAGAAUGCGGGAUUGUAAGAUGUAUGAUCAAGCUUAAAAACACGAAACAAGACCAACGCUUUCCGUAUUAAUCAAACAAUUAGACAGGCUCAUGUUUUUGAAAUACUUAGAACCAAAAUAGUUAAGCUAGCAGUACAAUAAGAGAAAGCCAUUAGCUGAAUUCCUCCUCGUGGUUACUUUGAGCCAAUGAUAUAAGUACUUCAUAAAAACUAUUUGCUGCCUUAGAAGGUAGUUGAUGAUAUGGUUAAGACCUGCUUCUGUGUUGCACUUUGCGUGCACCUGUCUUUGUGUUAAGGAAUUUGAGAAGGAACUUAUUGGACAACAGAAACUACUCUUUUUCAUGUAAUAUGGGAUUUUGUCUCAUCAGUUCUUUAAUUUCUAAUUAAAUAUAUCAAACAGCA